UUAGCAUUACAUGUUCAUUCUCCUUCAGGUCUCCUCUUAUAGUGAUCAUGCAGCUUUUGCCUGGGUUCUCGCUUAUGUUCUACAUCUGCAUAUCAGGAGUGACCUCUGUAAGUCAUGUUCCCGUCCUUCUAUGGUCAACAGAAAGCUCUGUGUGGGCUUCUGCGCCAGUGGUCAGUGAUGGACACAUUGCUUCAAGCCAUGAAUUGCACAGGUUACUACAAGGAGGAGAUGUACCAAGGACACUUGUUAUGUUUCUCCAAGACACACUGAGUAUCGAUGACUUCACAUAUUAUAGUACAGUGUAUGAAAGUGAGAAUCCACUACAAAAUGUGCAGGAUAUUCUGGAUUCCUUUCCAGCCAGCCUUGUUCUGCCUGCCGUGGAGAAGAAGACAAUUGCUAAUCUGCCUGGUUACCUUAAAAAACAAACUAAUUGGAAUAUAAUCAAUAUUGACUCUUUAAAUGUAUCUUUAAUUGAAUUGGAUUACACUGAACAAAACCUAAUCAUAGUAAGACUACAGUCUAUCCCAAGAUCAGACAUAAUAUCGGCUGCAAAGAUCUUCUCAGAGAAUGAUAAUCAUAUUGGAAGAAUCACCCAAGAAAUGAAGGAUAGAGGCAUUCCUUUUACUGCAAUUUACACAGGAAUGAAACCUUCUAAUGUUGUGAAGAGUUUUGACAUGGUCCAGAAACAGGGACGGCAGCUUUUAGAUACUGCUAAAACAGUUCCAUAUGCACCACUAAAUGUGUCUGCAAAUGGAUCAGACUCCUGCAUCUUGAUUUAUGCAAGUCAAAUUCUAAUCACAGCAAAUAAUACAAUAACUUUUGAUCUGACGAAUUUAACAUUUGAAGCCAAAGAUGCCAAUACAAGUUUAUCUGAAUGUUCUGCCUCCGACACCAUCUUGUCAUUAUUUUAUUCUUCUCCUGGAAAUGGACUAAGCAGCCUUGAACUAAGAUUCAUUAUGACUAAUAUGUUCUACCCUGGCUCUGCAAGAAACUGGUUCAAACUACAGACUGUCCUAAUUAUUCCCAACCAAGAUAUUCUGAGCAAUGCCUCGUUCAGUACCACAUACGGCUCAGCACCAGCAGAGUAUUCAUACCAUUGCCAACAACUGGGGACAAGCUCACUGUACGGAGAGACACUAAUUCCAGACAAUAUGAUGGCAAAUAACUGGAAUAUAUUCAUUUCUGAAUUUCAGAUUCAAGGAUUCAACAUCAAUAACAACCUUUUCUCCUAUUCAAGUGACUGCACAUCUUUUUUCACUCCUGCAAUCUGGAUGGGGCUUGUGUCCUGUAUUAUCCUGUUGUGGAUCCUGUCAUAUGGAAUUUUUAUGAUUAUGCAGCUUUCAACAAAUGAUAAAUUUGAUGACCCUAAAGGCCCAGCAUUGUCUGUUCCUCAAGGAGAAUAGAAUGUUACUCUAGAUUUACCUUAGUGCAUGCAUUCAUAUUAUAAAGCACUCUACUAAUGUAAUGUGUCAUUUUAGCAGUUUAACAUCACUUAGUAAGUUAUUUUCUUCACUAAAUUUGGUCCAGGUACAGGUUAGUCUAACCCAUACUGUCAUAAACCAUAAGCAUCUUCUAGCUUUGUGUACAUACAACUAGUCACUCCAAGAAGGAACUGUAAAAUAAGCAGUGAUGUCAUUAUUGUACUAAAUUUCUGCCUUUUGGGGGUUAUUGCGAUUUUGCAAACGGACGAUUUUCAGCCAUCUGCGCAUGCACAGGGGUCACAUUGUGUGUGCAUGACCCUUCACAAUGCGAUCACAUCUCAGCAUUAUGCGAUCACAUUGUAAUUGAAAGGUGGUGGGCAUUUGGGGGCGGCAACGCGGUGUUGGUGGUGAGUGGUGCAGAAAACGCAGGUGUGUCAUGGCCAUUUUCAGAGCAGCCAGAUGAUAUCGUUUGUGUUUCCUGCAACGGGAAACAUGUCGCCGCACCGCCUCUAUUCUACCUCUAUUUCAUGGUUCUUGCAAUGUGAUCGCAUUUUAAAUGCGAAUGCAAUGCAGGGCAGCAUUACACACGCUGGGCGGCCCUCAGCAUGCGAUUUUAUCAGUAGUAGUUUUGCUAUUUUAGCAAAACUGCUACUGAGUCUGAAUGGGAUGUUAUUAAUAUCCCACCUGUUGGGAUCCCGGCGUUUGCAAUACCGACGCUGGAACCCCGACAGGCGGGGAAAUGCCGGCGGGACAUAUUUCCUACCACUGCCCCAUAUUCCCACUCGGGUGGUGGAUCCACGCCACCACCCUAGUGGGAAUAUAACCUGUGGCGAUCAAAGCUAUCAAAGCUUGGUGAGGGGACUCACUGCCGGGAUUCCAGCUUUACAGGAUGCCACUGUCGGCAGCAUCCCGUCACUCGGUCACCUGUAUGUAUUCUGUCUAAUAUAUAAACCUACUAAUCACUACCGCUAAAUUCCAAGAAAAGUAGUCUUCAAAGUUAAAAGUUUUGGCUUUAUAAAAUCUGGGAACAUCCAUAAUUACUGGAACAUUAAGAAAUUUUAAAAUAAAGUUACUUGGAUUGGUACAUAUGUAUUACAAAUAAAAACUAAAUAAAAACGACUGUAAGGGUGUUUGGGGUUAGAGGUUUAAUAUUUGUGCAUUUGCCAGUUAUGAUAAAUAUUUAUAAAUUGUUCCUAUUAUCAUAAUUGUGUUUAAUUGCAUUGCUAAGUUGUAUAUACAAUAUGUACAAAUUAAAGAAAU